CCGCGGGCCCCGCCGCCGCCGUCGCGGCGUCGCCGGUGCCUUGGAGCGACCCGAACCUGCCUGGGCAUGACGGCGGCAUGAGUACGGACGGGGAGUCGCCGGAGGAGCCGGGGUGGAAGGCGGUGGCCUCACCCAAGGCGGCGUCAGCCAUGCCCGAGAAGCGCGGGAGCGCUCAGGCCGCCGGCGGCAGCUGGCUACAAGGCUUUGGCCAACCAAGUGUUUACCAUGCUGCUAUUGUCAUCUUCCUUGAAUUCUUUGCAUGGGGCCUGUUGACAACUCCAAUGUUAACUGUUUUACAUGAAACAUUCCCUCAGCACACAUUCCUCAUGAAUGGCCUCAUUCAAGGUGUAAAGGGCCUGCUGUCCUUCCUGAGCGCUCCGCUCAUCGGAGCUCUCUCUGACGUGUGGGGCCGGAAGCCCUUCCUCCUGGGCACAGUCUUCUUUACCUGCUUCCCCAUCCCACUGAUGAGGAUCAGCCCAUGGUGGUAUUUUGGCAUGAUUUCUGUAUCUGGAGUCUUCUCCGUCACUUUCUCUGUAAUAUUUGCCUAUGUAGCUGACUUCACUCAGGAGCACGAGAGAAGCACUGCUUAUGGAUGGGUCUCAGCCACCUUUGCAGCUAGUCUGGUUACCAGUCCAGCCAUUGGAACAUACCUCUCUACAAAUUAUGGAGACAGCCUUGUUGUGCUGGUAGCCACAGUGGUGGCUGUCCUAGACAUCUGCUUCAUUUUGUUGGCAGUUCCAGAAUCGCUGCCUGAGAAAAUUAGACCUGCUUCCUGGGGAGCUCAGAUUUCUUGGAAACAAGCGGACCCUUUUGCGUCGUUAAGGAAAGUUGGAAAAGACUCCACUGUGCUACUCAUCUGCAUCACAGUGUUCCUCUCGUACCUCCCUGAGGCUGGCCAGUACUCCAGCUUCUUUCUCUAUCUCAGGCAGGUCAUAGGUUUUGGAUCUGUGAAAAUUGUAGCAUUCAUAGCUAUGGUAGGAAUUCUGUCCAUUGUAGCUCAGACUGUCUUCCUUAGCAGGCUGAUGAGGUCGCUGGGGAACAAGAACACUGUCCUCCUUGGCUUGGGUUUCCAGAUACUCCAGCUUGCCUGGUAUGGUUUUGGAUCUCAGGCCUGGAUGAUGUGGGCAGCAGGGACCGUGGCCGCCAUGUCCAGUAUUACGUUCCCAGCAGUCAGCGCCCUCAUUUCUCGGAAUGCAGAGUCAGACCAGCAAGGUGUGGCCCAGGGGAUUGUAACUGGAAUACGGGGGCUGUGCAAUGGCCUGGGCCCAGCACUGUACGGCUUUAUAUUCUACAUGUUUCAUGUUGAACUGAGCGAGAUGGGCCCGAAAUUGAAUUCUGAUGAUGCCCUACAGGGAGCUUUCAUUCCAGGCCCACCAUUUUUAUUUGGAGCAUGUAUAGUUCUUAUGUCUUUUUUUGUUGCCUUGUUCAUCCCCGAAUACCGUAAAACAAGUGGAGUUCAAAAACACAACAGCAUCAGUGGCAGCCUGAGCACACCGCCUGAACGGGGCAGUGAUGAGGACAUCGAGCCGUUACUGCGGGACAGCAGCAUCUGGGACCUCUCCUUUGAGGAACCUGGAAACCAGAGCACUGAGCUGUAACCGAGCAGUAAGGAAGGUUCUUCGGACACCACGCAGUCUCUGAGAGCCGUGGAAGGAGCUGCACCACGUGGAAACUUCAUGGUGCUGGAGGGGCGAUGCUAGCAGCAUCCUUUGGGCCAAGUUUAAUGAGUGACUUUUCUCAUGCCUCUGCCCUUCACUCUUCUGCCUCUUUCUGUUCUUUUACUCCCAUACACUUCCCAUUUUUUUUAUUCUAGGAAAGAUUGAAAAUGCUUUGCUGAAAAUAAUAUGAAACUUUCAAGGGUAUCUAGAAUCUAGACUAUAAAACUUCAAUAGAAAAAAAUUCUGUCUGUGGUAGGAAAGGCGGUCUUUCCUUCAGUAACUAUGU